AUGCUUGGCUGUGUAGGUAUACUAAACCCUGUGCGGGAGAACUUCGAGCGAGGCUACGAGGUGGGUGGUCAUCUGACCGUGUACCGUGAAGGCGCGUGUGUGGUAGACGUCGUCUUUGGCUACACAGACCUCACAUUCACCAAAGCGUACGCCCCAGACACUCUGCAGUUGAUCUUCAGCUCAACCAAGUUCGUGGAGUCGAUGGCCAUGUUAUUGCUCGUGGAUAAGGGGUUGCUGCAUGUAGACGCACCCAUUGCCAAGUACUGGCCAGAGUUUGCGCAGAACGGCAAGGAGAAUGUCACUUUGGGGGAUCUCAUGUCACACGCGGGUGGACUGCAUGGCGUGUGUGAGCCCAUUCCCUUGGACGUGGUGAUUGAAAAUGGGGACAGGUUUAAGCAGAUCCUGGAGAAGACUCCGCUGGACGAACGCACCUUCCGCCAAAAGGGUCGCCAGGGCUACCACGGCAUCACCCGAGGGCUGUAUGCCAACGAGAUAUGUAAACUGGUCGACCCCCACAAACGCAACAUCAACGAACUCAUAGAGCAGGAGGUGUUGCAGCCCAUGGGUGUCAAGGACUUCCGCAUUGGUGUGUUGAAAGGGUCAGAAAUGUCCCAGCGGGUAGGUAAGGCUAUUGAGACCUCUGCCCACAAGUUCCUGUUUGGCGUGGUUCCGCGUCUGCUGUUGCCUAAGGCGGUGACUGACGCAAUCUACACCGACGUCAGCCUUGCCGAGAAUGAAACACAGUUCAUCCGCAACGCGAUAGGCAAAGACAAGUCCCAAGUGGCAUCGCAGGCAUUCACUCAGGUGUGGAAAGAUGGGCCACGGAGUUUGGCUAGCUACAGUGAGCACGAGGGCUGGCGCGAGAAACACUCAGCGUCAACCAACGGCUUCAGCCACGGCGGAGUGCUUGCUCGUCUGGCCAACGUCUUUGCGCACAAGGGAGUGGACAGUGUAACGGGCAAACGCAUCCUCAGCGAACAAGCGGUGGAGAUAGCCUCCACCAAACUAGAUCUGCUGAAAGACGAGACGUUGAACACCGACAUACGGUACACUCAGAUGGGUCUUUCGGACGUCACCACCAUAACCCAGCCUCCCCCAUGGUAUAGUGCGCGUAACUGGGAGGCUGCCCACAACAAGUUCCAGGGGUGGCUGGGUGCAGGAGGCAGUCUCAUCCAGUACUCGACUUCACACAAGAUGAGCGUAGGCUACACCAUGAACAGAUACGCCAUGCACAUCGCCGACUGGCGUGGGCCGUGUUACUUGGCCGAGGCAGCGGCGAUUGCGGAGCGAUUAGAUGCGGCCGAAGCGAAAACAAGCGCUUGAAAGUUGACCGAUGAACCAUAGCGUUAAACGCCUGUAACCACUGUAGAGACGGUGUGGGCUGCACCAUGCAUGGGCAGAUGGGGAAGAUUAAUGGAACAGAACUAAAUGCGUGUGUAACGCUUUGUAGAGAUCGACGUCGUCGAGUAGAUAAAGUAAAUACGGAGGAAAAAGUAUG